AUGGCCGUAUCACGAAUCAUCAUCGACCGUAAGAUCGGAAGGUCAAAGAGAUUCAGAUUCGUGACCUUCAAGGAUGAGAAAUCAAUGGACAUAACAUCACCCAGAGGCGGUGGUGGUUACAACGGAGGAGGCGGUCGAUACGGCGGUGGUGGUGGAAGACGCGAGGGAGGAUACAACGGUGGUGGUGGCGAAGGUGGUUACUCGAGAGGAGGUGGCGGCGGAGGAUACAACAGUGGUAGAAGACGUGAAGGAGAAGGAGGAGGAUACGGUGGUGGUGAAGGAGGAGCAUACGGAGGUGGAAGCGGUGGAUUGUAA